ACUAUAUUUUGACAGUUACUUCACCCUGCUAUCAUUCCUCGCCCUUCACCUUAACUUAUGAAAAGUAAGAGGCAGGAUAAUGUAAAUUAGCUGUGAUUAAAGUAUUAAAAUAUUUAAAAAAUGAUAGUGAUGUAUUAAAUUGCCUAGUAAAUAAACUGCCUCACACUGUAUCAGUCGGUACAUUGCCAAAGAAGCUAGUGAUAGUUUCGGUUGGAAUAUUUUUAUAUCUCAUCCGGUUGUACAUUUAGAAAAAGAGAAUCAUCAUGAGUAAUCAAGAAAACCUGGAAAUGGCCCACAGGCAACAUGUGAAGUAUUUCAUGCGGUUCCUAGAUAUUUUGCCUUCAUCAUUGUCUUCACAUGAUACUACAAGGGUAACAAUAGCAUAUUUCUCAGUGGCCGGGCUGGAUGUGCUGGGCUCCAUCACGUCCUUGUCAUUAGAGCUGAGGUCCCGGAUUAUAGAAUGGCUGUAUCAUCUUCAAGUGCAUCCUAAUAAAGAGACUGGGGACAUGUCAAUGUGUGGCUUCCAGGGGUCGUCAACCAUCAACAUGGAGCUGCACCCCGAAAAUGCGCACUACCGCUGCGGUCACCUCGCCAUGACUUACACCGCGCUAUGUACCCUGGUCACACUUGGAGACGACCUCAGCAGAGUUAACCGGAAGGCGUUAGUAGAAGGUGUAAAGGCGCUCCAAACAGAAGAAGGUAACUUCGCUGCGACGCUGUCGGGCUGCGAGUCCGACAUGCGGUUCGUGUACUGCGCGGCCUGCAUCAGCUACAUACUCGACGACUGGUCCGGCUUCGACAAGGAGAAGGCGGCCGAUUACAUCAUCAAGUCGAUAGGCUACGAUUACGGCAUCGCGCAGUGCCCGUCGCUGGAGUCUCACGGCGGCACCACGUACUGCGCGCUCGCCACGCUGCAGCUCACCGCGCAGCUCCACAAGCUCUCCGACCGACACGUCGAGGGCCUCACGCGCUGGCUCGUGUUCCGCCAGAUCGACGGCUUCCAAGGCCGACCCAACAAACCCGUCGACACGUGCUACAGUUUCUGGGUCGGAGCGUCACUUAAAAUGCUCAAAACUUUAAAAUACACCAACUACGGAAGUAACAGGAGUUACGUAUAUGAGACGCAGGACGUUAUCGUUGGCGGCUUUUCAAAAUGGCCGGACACUUGCACGGAUCCGAUGCACACGUAUUUAGGUUUAGCCGGGCUUAGUUUAAUAGGCGAGAAGGGACUUUUGAAGAUAGUGCCGACUCUAAAUAUCACUAAACGGGCGUUCGAACAUUUGAAGAGUUUACACGAGCAAUGGGCUAAGGAGUCAUAGUGAUGGCAUAGUUUCUUAGGCGUAGAAUACAUGAGGUCGCGUGAAAAAUUCGAGCGAUUUGCCUACCGUUUUGAAACAGUUGUCUAACCAUUUGUACACUUUAUUGCAGCCAAAUAAGAUCUACACACGUUUAGUAAAGGUCAAUUCGGAGAAGAUAUAAAAGUAGGUCAAAGUUCCAAAUCACUUGAUAGGGCAACGCCCGCGACGCGCGAUUUCGUGUAUACUGCAUUUAAUAUCCUGUUAUCUUGUUAAAAUCAGAUUAGAAAGAUAUUGUAACAUGUUUUAUAAUUUUAACAAGUUCGCGAAUUACGCGAAGCUGGCACAAAUAUAUCUGAAUUAUAACAUAUGGGUCUGUAUUUAGAUGAAAAAUUAGUUUUGCUUCGUGACAUAUCUCUAGAUCUUAUUUUUAUGGAUUGUUUACAUAGCAAUUUCUACGAUGUCUUCUAAAUUAAUGUGUAUAUUAAUGUUCAAUGUUCCUGAAAUGCAUUUUGUGUUAUUAAUUAUGGAUAAGUACUUAAAGGUCGGUGCAUACGUGACGUGGGUGAAUUAACGAUUUCUUGCUGUUCUGUCCCGUCAACUAUUCGACAAUAAAUAAUAGUAGGACAGUUUGUUACAAGAACUCUUGUACAGUCGCCAUCAGAUAUAUCGGAGCGGCCAAGGUGCUCAUAAAUAUCUGAACAUGCCUCUAUUGUCAAGGCGUUAGAGUGCGUGUUCAGAUAUUUUUUAGCAGCUCGGCCGCUCCGCUAUAUCUGAUGGCGACUGUACCACGUUAUUUUAUCGUGCUUAGUAUAUGGCUCAUAGUGGAAAGCGCUUAUAACUACCUAGGAUUUAAAGUGACCCAAGCGGCCACGGCGGCAUGGAUACCAUGGCAACGUGAGAAAAUACAAGUUAUUUCACCAACGUGAUCUUUGCCGUACGAAGCGUAUAGUCUGUUUUUUUAAACUAUAAAGUAAUGCCCAUAUGAAUUAGUAUGGGGCGCUCGUUAUUUGCUUGCAUAGAAUAUAAAUGGCGUAGUAAAUUAUAGUUAAAAAAGACAGUAGUUUAGCAAGCGAGCGCCAGGCGCGUACAAAAUUAAUCCUUUCACCGUCUUGGAUGGUAAAAAUCACGGAUCGUAUGAAGCGACCUUCAAUAGAUAGGUUCUACAUAAUUCUGCCUCAACACCCAGAAAAAACAACGAUUAUAAUAUUUAUAAUAGUAUAGCACUUUGGUACAAUGUAUGUUUGUGUCCUGUGCCAUAUAAGUCGUGUGAAAGUCGACAGUAUUGCUGUAGUUAGGUAUUUAUGAAAUUAUUGCACAAAUUUAUGUAAUUUAUAAGCUUUUAUAGUUAUAAUUAUGGCUUUCACUUCGUCGAAUUUACCUGUCUAGUAAUAUAUAUAUUUACAUGUUUUUGUUAGCUUAUUUUAGUUAGUGCUCUACUGAUGGGCAAACAUCUCCUCCCAUUUUUUCUAACUUCGCAUGUAUAUUUUUGCUGCUGCGCUGCAAGGCUGUAACAGAUGCGCGUACCGGACCGCGACCUUAGUCCGUUUAGCUUAUCGCUUUCUCGCUUUCACUUAUAGAUGCGUCCUUCACGGACGUACGGCGAACCACAUUCCACUCGAUCGAACAGGCCCCGGACUAUACCAAAUCGCUGCCCCAAUAAGGGUUCUAUGUUUCACUUCUAUCGAAGUGAAAUUUGAACUUUAUCAUAGUGACAUUAAGUCGAAUUUCAACUAUCUUGAAAAUGUAACAUAGAACCCUGUAAUAUUGGGGCAGCGAAAUCGUGAGGAGGUACGCCCGUCUAUUACCGAUUUUGUGUAUUUAACUUGCCCCAAAAAGGUGUUAUGGAUACUUGCCAAGAUUAUCUUCACAUAAUCUUCAAUCCUCUACUUGUUAUUAUCAUAAGUAGGGUAAAACAACUGUUUAUUAGCAUCCAGAAUACCACAUCAAAAACGAUAAUUCUAUUUAUAGUAAGAAUGAUUUCAAAUGAUUUUUUUCGCCCAAACCGACACAAUGACUUUUGUUUAACAGCUUAGUUAAACAAAAGUCAUUGUGUCUUUUGUGCGCCGCGGUGGUUGUGCGCCACGGUGGCUACCUCAUUUCUCAUCAGUGAAAAGGAUCACGCCCGUGACUCCAUACUCGCAAACUUCACGGCGAUUUCGCAGUUUGGUUCUCGCCAAGAUGGCGGAAAAGCAUCAGCUGAUCGAGCUUAACUGCUAGUUAUCUAUGGCAUCAUACGUGAUUUAGCUAUUUUUCCAUUUGGUUUUGUUGUAAAACCGUAAAAUAUAGCCGCUUUAUAUAAUAAGGGCCGUCAACACUCGUGCGCGAAUCGCGACGCGA